AUGAGCCUACCUACAGUGGAAGACUUGGGGAAGUUGGUGAAUAUGAGACUGCUUGGCGAGAAUCACCACGGUAUCGUCUCCAUGGCUGUCGUCAGCAUUGUGGUUUAUGGAAUUUACAAGCUGUCUCAAGUCGGGAAAAGGGAUUCUCGCAUGCCACCGGGCCCUCCGACCACUGCCGUCCUCGGUAACAUCCUUGAUAUUCCCACUACGGGGCCUGGGAACAUGAUCGUCAUCUGCGACAGGAAGGCGGUCUAUGAGCUCAUCGAUCGAAACGGUAGCAUAUACUCCGAUCGCCCGCCAAACAUCGUACCUCUGUUCAUUACCCGCGGAAAUCAUAUGACCAUGGAGUGCCGGGGUCCAUCUUGGAGGGCGAAGCGCCCCGUUGUGACGAGGAACUUGAAUCCUAAGAGCUUGGAUCAGAGGCAUUUUCGCGUCCGAGAGGCGGAGGCUGUCCUGUUCAUGAAUCGCCUUUUAACUGACCCUGAUAACUUCUAUACCUAUGCUCGACUUUACCCGAAUUCCGUGGCCGCAAUUUUGGCGUGGGGAUUCAGGGCGAAGGAUACUAACAGAAUCGAAGACGAAAAGUGCAUAGACUAA